AUGUCGUUUCCCAUUACUCCCGAAGCUGCCCAUCCCGCCACCUACGCCAAGCAGCGCCGAUCUCGCGGCCGAAGGAUCGGCGCGCUUCCGCUGUCGAUCCAGGCUGCCACCAAGGAAAACAUGAUUUACGACAACAUCUUGCAAUGUGUCGGCGAGACGCCAGUGGUGCGACUGAACCGAAUCGGUGCCGACUGCGGUGCCGAGCUUUACGCCAAAUGUGAAUUCUUGAAUCCCGGCGGCUCGACCAAAGACCGGAUCGCGGUGCGGAUGAUCGACGAGCUCGAGAGUAGCGGCAAAGUCGCCGAGGGCACCACCCUGAUCGAGCCCACCAGCGGCAACACCGGCACCGGCCUGUCGAUGGCCGCCGCGGUCAAAGGCUACCGGCAGAUCAUCACCAUGCCGGAGAAGAUGAGCCAGGAGAAACAGGUGGUGAUGGAGGCCCUCGGCGCCGAGAUCAUCCGCACCCCGACCGAGGCCGCGCACGACGCACCAGAGAGCCUGAUCGGGGUCGCCAACCGGCUCAAUCAGGAGAUCCCCGGCUCGGUGAUUCCCGAUCAGUAUGCCAACACCAACAACCCAGACGCCCACUACCACGGCACCGGGCCGGAGAUCUGGCGCGAUUUCGGUGCCGACCUAGAUAUGGUGGUGGUCACCGCCGGCACCGGCGGCACAAUUACCGGCAUCGCCCGCUACUUGAAGGAACACCCAAAGAUCCUGGUGGUCGGGGUCGAUCCGGAGGGCUCGGUGCUCGGUGGCCGGGACGAAGUCAAGUCUUACAAGGUCGAGGGCAUCGGCUACGACUUCCUGCCUGACGUGUUGGAUCGCGACUUGGUCGACCUGAUUUACAGUAACGACCGCGACAGCUUUCACAUGGCCCGGCAGCUGAUCCGCCAGGAGGGCCUGCUGAUCGGCGGCAGCUCUGGGAGCGCCGUGUGGGGCAUGCUCGAAGCCGUCAAGCAGUUCCCGCAAGCUCGCAAGGUAUUGACCAUCCUGCCCGAUUCGAUUCGCAACUACCUGACCAAAUUCGUCAACGACGACUGGAUGCGCCAACACGGCUUCCUGGACCGCGACGAUGAGGCGAACAGCCUGAGCGCUGCCGAGUUCUGGAACGAGUUCUGGGACCUGGCCUACCGUGAUGGAGAUCAUCUCCGUCACUGGCAGAACACCGGCCCGCCUCACGAGCUUCAAGAGCAGCUCGACGCUGGCCUUCUUGGCCCCGGCAGCCGGGUGCUGGAUCUAGGUUGUGGCGCUGGCGCCGAGGCGGUCUUCCUGGCCCGCCAAGGGUGCCGGGUGCAAGCGGUCGACCGCAGUACAGAGGCGCUCGAGUUGGCCCGCCGGGCAGCGGGGGAAGCGGCGGUCGAAGUCGAGUGGAUCCAGGCUACGGUGCUCGAUCUACCGCUCGAGGACGGCUCGGUAGAUUUCGCCUACGAUCGCGGUUGUUUGCAUCUCUUCGAGCGCCCGGCGCGGCGGCGCUACGCCGCUGAGCUGGCGCGGGUCUUGGUUCCCGGCGGAUGGCUGCUGGUCCACGGCGCGCGCCGGACCGACGAAGAGGCCGGCCUGUUCGCGAUCGAUGCCAGGGCUCUCGACGAUGCCUUCGCGGGCUUGGGUUUCAGCCGCGGACCAGUGCGGGCGCUUGCCCUCGAAGCAGCGGCGGGCGAUCUCGAGGGCAGCUUGUCUUGGGAUCUGACUCCGCGCCAACGUGCCGAGGCCGGGCCGUUGGACAUCUGUCUGCCAGAGAAGUCUCUUCGUCGGGUGGUCUCGACGUUGCCGGGUCCCGCAGACCGGCAUUCCGCGCCCACUGCCGGUGAGCUGGUGCGCUGA